AUGGCCGACGUCGCGAACCUCGAAGCCGCCUUUGAGCGCACCACCAUCAACGAUGAGAACGAUGAGCAGAUCACAUCUACUACAAGCUACCACAAGACAAAGUCUUCUGUGUCGACAUCCCUAUCAGCAGGCCUGUCGUCGUCGCAAUCAGCAGCGAACCGCAUGAAGCUGCCCCAUCAGAUUCCUUUACAGAAGCUCGCUACACAAAACGCAAAGACGGCAAACAUCGCCAAGGUCACCAUCACAGCAAGCACUAGCCGACCUUCAGAACACAACCCAUCUCACCGCCGCACCCUCACCGAGUCAGCCAUCUACACCGCUCCUUCCAACCCUGCACAACCCAAGCAAUGGCAUCUAGGCAUGUUUGAGAUCGGAAAGCCCCUCGGAAAGGGAAAAUUCGGUCGCGUCUACCUGGCCAAGGAACGCUCGUCAGGCUUCGUGUGUGCUUUGAAGGUCCUCCACAAGUCCGAGCUCCAGCAAGGCAAAGUCGAGAAGCAGGUCCGACGAGAGAUUGAAAUUCAAUCGCACCUCACCCACCCUAACAUCCUCAAGCUGUUCGGUCACUUCCAUGACGCAAAGCGCAUCUUCCUCAUCCUCGAGUUCGCCGGGCAAGGAGAACUAUACAAGCACCUCCGCAAAGAACAACGCUUCCCAGAAUGGAAAGCGGCACAAUACAUCGCCCAGAUGGCGGCUGCGCUCAAGUACCUCCACAAGAAGCACGUCAUGCAUCGCGACAUCAAGCCCGAAAACAUCCUCGUGGGCAUCCACGGUGAGAUCAAGAUUUCCGACUUCGGCUGGUCCGUACACGCACCCAACAAUCGCCGGAACACCAUGUGCGGAACUCUCGACUAUCUGCCCCCGGAGAUGCUUCGCGGUGGUGGCAAGGACAACUACUACUCCGAGAAGGUCGAUCUGUGGAGUUUAGGUGUCUUGACGUACGAGUUCUUGGUUGGCGAAGCGCCAUUUGAAGACACACAAGUCAUGACACAGCGCAAGAUUGCGAGGGGAGAGUACACAGUCCCAAGUUUUGUCAGCGCAGAAGCACGAGAUCUCAUCAAGAGGUUACUAGUGCUUGACCCUGAAAAGCGUAUCGCACUUGAGGAUGUUGAGGUACACCCGUGGAUCGUGAAGCACUGCAAGGGCAGCCCGCGAGCUUACGAACGUACUUCAGGGGGCAAGAUACGCAGCAGCUCAGAACAGUCUGAAGAGAGCUACUAA